AUGGAUUCCGAAAUGGUUGAUGUAGGGUUGGUUAGCAGCCAAGACAAGGCCAUUCCUGGCCCAUCCGCACUAGUUACUGCAACUGGGACCGCAAGCCCUCACGCACCUCUCGAGCUCAUAGGGGGGCAAUACCUAGGAGUACCCACGUCACCAAAGAGCUACAGGUUUAGUGGCGGGGGGCUGGCUGCACCCUCACAUCGGUAUGGGAAGUCUCGUGAUGAGACCGAGGAGAAUUCAGAGGAGGCCGAGGAGGAUGCGGAAGGGGGGAGGGGGAGUGUCAAGGGUGGUGGGGGGGUGGGGAAGCCAAAGGGAUUGGCUGGAGAGUGGCGGCUGGAAAAGAAGCGCCCACGCAUCCAACGUAGUCCAUCCGAUAGCAAUGACAAGGAUUAUGAUCCGAAGAAAGAUGGGGAUUGUGCGGGGUUGAGGGAUGACGAGGAGGAGGAGGAGGAGAAGGGUGAGGAGAAGGGUGAGGAGGAGGAGGAGGAGGAGGAGGAGGAGGAGGAGGAGGAGGAGGAGGAGGAGGAGGAGGAGGAGGGGGAGGGAGAGGGUAGUGGUGAGGAGGCUGAGGAGGAGGAGGAGGAGGAGGUGUCACAGCCGGGGAAGGCUAAGGGGAAGGCCAAGGGGAAGGCCAAGGGGAAGGCCAAGGGGAAGGCCAAGGGGAAGGCCAAGGGGAAGGCCAAGGGGAAGGCCAAGGGGAAGGCCAAGGGGAAGGCCAAAGGCAAGGGGAACGGGAAGAAGAAGGGCAAGGGUAAAGGCGUACAAGGUCAGGAGGAGGGGGGGGAAGAGGACGGUAUGGCCGCGUCGGUAGAUGAAAAUGAUGGGCCUUUAAAGGCCAAGAAAGGGUGUAAGAAUGCCCCGGGGUGGCAGGUCCAGAUGUUCGGGCCAUUGGGGGCGGAUGAGAAGCGCAAGUGUAAGAUGUGCGACACUCGUAUCUGUUGGUCGACGAGCACUACGACUCCAGGGGUGCGCCACAUGCUUGCGAAGCACACGGCGCACCACGACAUUUGGCAGUAUAGGUCCCUUAGACCACACCUACUGACUAAGGGGGAGACUUUCCCGGAGGGUGGCUACGAUGGAGUUCCCGACAAGAAGGUGGUGGAUUGGCCACACGUGGCCUCGUGGCCCAAUAUCCCGGUGGUGCAGACCCCGAGCGCGAAGGGUGAGGCAGGCGGCAUUGAGCGCUUUGUUACAGCGAGGCUAAGUAAGCUGAAGCUUCGUGCGGCGAUCACGAAGCUUGUGGUGACCGGCGACUUGCCCUUUCGCAUCGUCGAGCUGGAUGCGUUCAAGGAGUUGCUGAUCAUGCUGAACGAAAUGUGUGGGGAGAAUGGCGUUAUCCCAUCACGCUGGACGGUGGCGCGCGACACCGUUGUCCUUGCUGACUUGGCGCUCGAGGCAGCGAUUGCAGAGCUGGCCUCUACAACAUGUGCCGUGUUGUACAGCACCGACAUGUGGACAGGCCCGAACGGCAAGGCCUACAUGAUGCCUGGCAGGCAUGGGGGGAGGGAGAUUGCUAAGGCGGUGGAGAAGGUGGUGGUGCAGUGGAAGUUGCAGACGCGUUGCAUCGGUCUCACGACCGACAAUGCGUCUGCAAACGUCGUUGCUCUUCGGCACCUGGCGGAGGAGGGUGAAUUCUCGGGGUACUUCAGCGAGAAGGCGCACUACAGGUGCCUGUCGCACAUUGUGAACCUGGCAGUGCAGUCUGGGCUGGGUGUGGAUUCGAUGACGGUGCCCCUGAAAAAGGUGCGGGAGAUUACUACGUGGGUGGGCAUGUCGCCCCAGAGAGGAGCCGCCUUCAUUGCGCUGCAGGGCACCACGAAGGAAGAGAAGGAGAAGUGGCGAGGUAUGCGUAUGACCGAUGCCGAGUGGGAGGCCUUGGGGGCUUUGGAGGGGUUUCUCCGUCCCUUUGCCAGAGUCUCCACUGCCGCCGCCGAGGGGUCGACCUACCCCACUGUGUCGAUGGUGCUGCCAUACUUCUACGCCCUCAUCGACAGCCUGGAGAAGAAGCUGCACACAGGGACGAAUGAACUAGUUCGUCCACUCAUGUCCGCCGCGCUGGAGCACCUGAAGCAGUAUGAGUUUGCCAUCGGAGACGAGUACUGGAUCGCGACCUUCUUGGAUCCGUCCAUGAAGGCCGAGUACUUCAGGAUGACACACUGGGAGCUGAUGCAUCCAGGCAUAGUGCAACGUGAGGGUGGGCGGCUUAAGCCACGUAUGAGUGCGGAGAGGGUGGUGACCUUGGUGCGCCGCCGAGUGGAGGAGUACCAAGCUCGAGCAGCACGUGAAGCUCCCACCCCACCACCAGCACCACCAGCACCACCAGCAGCAGUGGUGAGACCGUUCGAGGACGACGACGACGAUUUUGUGUUCUCCAGGGCACAGCUGCAGAAGCGUGUUUCAGCUAGUGCAGCGGCGAGAGCGGGGGGAGGGGGGACGUCGGUGGGGGAUGAGGUGGAUCGGUACUUAGCGGAGCUGCCUGUCUCGGACGUGCCAGCGCUGCAGUACUGGCAGCGUGCGAGGAACAUGGACACGUUGAGGCAAAUGGCACGGGAUUACCUUGCUAUCCCCGCCACCUCUGCAGCUAGCGAGCGAGCUUUCUCCAUGGGGAGGAAUCUCAUCUCCUUGCACAGGCACAGGCUGAACACUGAGCGUCUUAGCUGGAAGCACAGGACGAUACCUGGAGCACAGGAGAAGGUACCUGGAGCACAGGAGAAGGUACCUGGAGCACAAGAGAAGGUACCUGGAGCACAGGAGAAGGUACCUGGAGCACAGGAGAAGGUGCCUGGAGCACAGGAGAAGGUGCCUGGAGCACAGGAGAAGGUACCUGGAGCACAGGAGAAGGUGCCUGGAGCACAGGAGAAGGUGCCUGGAGCACAGGAGAAGGUGCCUGGAGCACAGGAGAAGGUACCUGGAGCACAGGAGAAGGUACCACCUGGAGCACAGGAGAAGGUACCUGGAGCACAGGAGAAGGUACCUGGAGCACAGGAGAAGGUACCUGGAGCACAAGAGAAGGUACCUGGAGCACAGGAGAAGGUACCUGGAGCACAGGAGAAGGUGCCUGGAGCACAGGAGAAGGUGCCUGGAGCACAGGAGAAGGUACCUGGAGCACAGGAGAAGGUGCCUGGAGCACAGGAGAAGGUGCCUGGAGCACAGGAGAAGGUGCCUGGAGCACAGGAGAAGGUACCUGGAGCACAGGAGAAGGUACCACCUGGAGCACAGGAGAAGGUACCUGGAGCACAGGAGAAGGUACCUGGAGCACAGGAGAAGGUACCUGGAGCACAGGAGAAGGUACCUGGAGCACAGGAGAAGGUACCUGGAGCACAGGAGAAGGUACCUGGAGCACAGGAGAAGGUACCUGGAGCACAGGAGAAGGUACCUGGAGCACAGGAGUAA